AUGUCGUGCAACAAUACCCACAUGAUCGCAUUGCACCGGAAUGUGUUUCCACGUCAAAAUCCAAUCUACAUCCACGUGUUUGUUUGGUUGAAUGAGCAGGACUCACAGGAGAGGCUCCUCCAGCAUGUACAGAGUUAUGAGAUUACUUAUCCUAAAUGGCUGCAUCCUCACUCACACAGCAGCUCUGCCAACAAUCAGCGUCCUGAAGAGACGCAGGUUCUGAUCUCCGCUGAGGGCCAGGAGCUCCGACUACACCUGGAGAAAAACCAGCAGCUGUUGGCCCCGGGAUAUCAGGAAAUAUGGUACACCCCUGACGGAGCCCGCAAGUCCUCCUCUCCUGCCAACGCUGGACACUGUUUCUACCACGGGGCGGUUCAGGGCUUUGAAGGAUCCAGUGUUGCUGUUAGCACAUGCUCAGGACUCAGGGGACUUAUUUCUCUGAACACAAGCGUCAGCUACCUGAUAGAACCUCUGUCUGUUUCCACGGACGCUCGGCAGCACGCCGUGAUCAGAGCUGAGAGUCUCCAUCUGCCUAAAGGAAGCUGCCUACAUCACCAUGGCGACAAAGAUGAGCCAGAGGAGCAGCUUAAUGACUUCAUCCAUGGAAUGAUGUCACCACGGAGCAAGAGGGAGAAAAGGGACUUGAGUCAAAACAUGAAGUAUGUAGAGCUGCUGAUGGUGGCAGACAAGGCUGAGUUUGAGAAGCAUGGUAGUAAUCUCGAGAAGACCAAACUGAAACUGCUGGAAGCAGCUAACUUGGUUGACAAGUACUACAAGGCUUUAAACAUCCGGGUGGCAUUAAUUGGUCUGGAGGUGUGGACCAGCCAGGACAUGAUCAGCGUGUCGGACAACCCACACAGAACUCUGGCAGAGUUCCUGUCCUGGAGACGCAAGCAGCUCCGCGUGCUCCCCAAUGACAACGCUCAGCUCAUCACGGGGAAAUCAUUUCAUGGCACCGUCAUCGGGCUGGCUCCUCUCAAAGCCAUGUGCUCCGACUACCAGUCUGGUGGAGUGAACACGGACCACUCAGAAUUAGUCGUCGGCGUUGCCGCCACCAUGGCGCACGAGAUGGGUCACAACUUCGGCAUGAGUCAUGACAGCACGGGCUGCUGUCAGGCCAGAGCAGAAGACGGGGGCUGCAUCAUGGCUGCCGCAACUGGGCACCCGUUUCCACGAGUGUUUAAUGCUUGUAAUGAGAGGGAGCUGAAGAGCUACCUGAACUCCGGAGGAGGGAAGUGUCUCUUCAACCUGCCCAACACCAGAUCCAUGUACGGAGGGCAGCGCUGCGGCAAUGGUUACCUGGAGGAAGGGGAGGAAUGUGACUGUGGCGAGGAAGAGGAGUGCACCAGUCCCUGCUGUAACGCCAACAACUGUACUCUGAAAGCUGGGGCCGAGUGCGCCCAUGGCAUCUGCUGUGAUAACUGCAAGUUGAAGAGCCCAGGUGUGCUUUGCCGUGCUCCCUCAGGACCAUGUGACCUGGCCGAGUACUGCGAUGGCAAAGCUGAGUCUUGUCCUGCUAACUUCUUUUUGGUGGAUGGAACAUCGUGCUCGGGCGGCCAGGCCUACUGUUACACAGGCAUGUGUCUGACGCUGGAGCAGCAGUGUCUGUCACUGUGGGGACGAGAUGGCCGCUCGGCCCCUGACCUGUGUUUUAAACGGGUCAACGAAGCCGGGGACAUGUACGGGAACUGUGGCAAAGAUCUGCUCGGGAAAUACAGGAGCUGCAAGGACAGAGAUGCAAAAUGUGGGAAAAUCCAGUGUUUAACUUCAGCUUCAAAGCCCAUUGAGAACAACGCCGUUCGCAUUGAGACCAGCGUCACUGUGGACAACAAGAGAAUCCAGUGUAUGGGAACACAUGUGUACAAGCCCGGGGCAGAGGAGGUACAGGGAGACACUCUGGACCCAGGCCUGGUCAUGACGGGCACCAAGUGUGGAGACGACUCGAUUUGCUUUAAUGGAGAGUGCCGCAAUGCAUCAUUUCUGCGAGCUGAUGAGUGCAACGCCAAGUGCCACGGACACGGGCUGUGUAACAACAACCAUAACUGCCACUGUGACCGUGGCUGGGCUCCUCCUCUGUGUGACCAGAAGGGCUCUGGUGGGAGUGUCGACAGCGGACCUGUCAUCGGCCACAGCGGUCUCCUUCCAGUCCUGCUCGUCCUGCCUCUGGUUCUCUUUGUGGUUCUGGCUGCUGCUGGACUCUGGUGCUGCUACAGACAUAAACUCCACCCACUGAAAACAUCAGCACCACCCCCUGUGCCAAGUUGUUCAGUCAAGCCUUUGCAUCCUGACGGUCAUUUAAACGGACACGCCAACCCGACGUUCUUACUAAAGAAGCAGCCGUCGGAACGCCUGGCCCCUGCCUGUCCAAGCCCGUCUUCCUCGACCCGGUCCAGACAGGCUAUUGUGCGUCCAGCAGUGAAGCCUCCUCCUGUACCUGUGUAUGCUGCAGGUCAGAAAGAGUGGACGCCUGAGCCUCAGAACCAGCCUGUGUCUUCUCCUGAAGGACAAAUCUCUCCUCAGGCUUACACCCCCCCUCCUCUUAAAUCUGCACCGCCGACCAAGCUAAGAAAAACCUGGGCUCCUCCGCCACCUUCGGGACCUCCGUCUGUACCUUCCCAGGAUCCUAAAGGUCGCUUACAGCCUUCAUCAGCAGCUAAACACCGGCCGGACCCUCCCAACAGACCUCCACCUCCUUUACCUGUCAACAGAUCAUCAGUGGAACAAGUGAAAGUCCUGCUGGCCGCGAAAGCUGCUUUGGUUCCAUCUGCUGGACAGAAAAAGCCAAACAGAAUCUAAUCUAAGAUCUCAGGGAGACAUCGGGGACCACCACUUGCAUCCAGUAAUGGAUCUGCCUGAAACUGCAUUUUUAGCCACUGGCCAAGAACAUGUGGAAUCAUAUGAAUACUUGACACACUUCUGUGGAUUACAGUUUAUAUAUAUAAUGUAUAAUGAGGGAAAAAC